GGGAACGGGCGGUGCAGCGCGGUUAAAGCCUUCCGCCAGGAGAACGGAUGUGCUUGGAGGCGCAGCUCGUCCUCGAGAGGAGAAACGUGGCCGGGCUGUGCCGCCGACGCGUUCAGCUCGGUAUCCAACCCAUCCCCAGGGCCUCGUGUGGCUGCCGGAACUCGCAGCACCUGCCCGAGCCGGAGGCGUGGCCCUGGCGCGCGGCACAACGGCCGUUCCCCGGCUCCGCGAGCGCAGCGCGGCCCCCACCGGCGGCUCCCGGCACAGGGCCCGGCCAUGGAGGAGGAGACGGGAGCGGCCGUGCGACGCGGCUGUCCGGAGCCGCUGGAGUUGGAGCGGAGGAACCUCCUGUCCGUGCGGCGGCGGCGGCUGCGCCGAACCCUGCAGUGCCGCGUCCCGCUGCAGCGGCUGUUGGUCGUGGCCCGACUCCGCGAGGAGGUGACGGAGGAGGAGGUGGCAGUGCUCUUCUCCAGGAAAUCAAAGCCCUGGUGGUGGCACACAACAUCCCGAGCAGGCUGUUCGCGAGGUGGGAUGUGGCAGUGACAUCUCCUGUGACACAUCCAGAAGACUCAACGCAAUCACAGUCUAUAGAAGAGGUGGUCGCAGAGUGUCUUACGCUCCUGGUCAACGUGGCAGACUAUGUGCUAAAAUCUGCUGAGGGUGACAGCAGUGACAGUCUGCACACUCUUGCCCCUGAGCUGCUCAUCCCAGCAGAGACUAUUGGCUACUUGUGUAAAGCUGAAGAAUGUUCAAGCCCUGUAGAUUUUCUGAGAAUGUAUUUGAGUCCUAUUCAGCCUGCCCUGGAUUCAGAUCUGCCCCAUCUUACAGAUGCUGCACAGUCUGUGGAAGAGGAGCUCUACCUUCCGACAGCUCCAGCUGCUGGAUGUGCCAUCUGCUUGCACGUUUACUUUGGCUCAGUUCAGGAAAGGUGCAACUCACAGUAUCCAGCUCAGCUCCAUCAGAUUCAGGCAGGAAAUGCUCCAGCAGAUGGAUGUGCCUUCAUGCCUGCACUGUGGGCUUCAGCAGCAGUUCUGCACUGUCAGCCCUUGCCCCAUGUUUCCCCCUCAAGCUUUAUUUCCAGCUCACAUCCCAUUAUUUCAGCUCCUGUCCUAUUUCCCCUAUGAGAUUUUGUAAGUAACCCACACCAGUGAUUUCAGCUCUGUGGAUUCUGCUCACAUCUUUAUUCUCAGCUCCUGGUCUCAUUCAGCUCCUGCACUGCACAGCUCUGCCUCACUCACACAGCUUCACCCCUGUGCCCUGGGUUCCAGCAGCAGCUCUGCAUUACCAGCUCAUACACAGAGAUUUCAGCCCUUGCCCUGUGUCCCCUCACACAUCCUGAUUUGCAACCCAUGUCUUGCCCUGUUUCCCCCAACAAAGUCUUGCAAUAAACGGGCACCAGUGAUUUCAGCUCUUGCCCCUUUUCCCCAAAGAUUUUUAUUGUCAGCUCCUUGUGUGUUUCAGCUCCAGCUCUGCUCCAUCAGCCCCAGCACACUGUGGGUUUGCUCCAGCAUUGCACAGCUCUGCUCACACAAUUCCAUGCCCUGAGCUGUCAGUUCCAGCAGCAGCUCUGCACUGUCAGCUCAUACCCACGGAUUUCAAACCUCGAUCUGUGAUUCCCCCCCUCAAAUCUUGAUUUCCAUCUCACACCCCACAAUAACGACUCUCCAUUUCCCCUCAAAGCUCUGUAACAAACUCACACCAGUGAUUUCAGCUCUUGCUCUGUCUCCCACAACACCUUUAUUCUCAGCUCCUUGUCAGCUUCAGCUCAGCACUGCACUCCAGUGAGAUGCCCUGGCUUUGUGCAGCUCAGCCUCUCCAACACACCUUCACACCGUGCUGUGGGUUCCAGCAGCAGCUCUGCACUGUUACCACAUGCUCUGUUUCCCGCCUCAAUUUUUAUUUUGAACACAUGUUCUGUUCUUUCACUGCCUCCCAUUUUUGUCCCCAUGAGGCUUGAUUUCCACCUUAUGCCCCACAAUUUCAGCUCUUGCAAUAUUUGCCCACAAAACCUUAUAGGAAGCUCACACCAGUGAUUUCAGCUCUUGCUGUUUCCCACAACAUCUUUAUUCUCAGCUCCUUGUCAGC